CACAGCCCCAUGUUGCUUGGUUCUUCAGUGCUCAAUGCCAAAUAGAAGGUGGCGAUAGGUGAAGAUACUGUGAAGAACUAAACAUGAGACUUCCCGAAAAUCACACCUUUUCUUUUAAUUUUAUGGUUCUGCUCAUCAUACUGAUAUCGUCAUUAAUCCUUGCGUUCGUGAGUGGUUUCUUCCCAAGUUUGUCUUUAGCCAUUGUUCCCACGAUUUUCUCAGCAUCCUCUGAUUCAUACCAGGAAAAACCUCCGUACUCUCCGCCUCCUGUUAAUACGUCAGAUUCCACUGAAAUAUCAGAAGCUCAAGUUUUAUCUGGUCCGGUACAAAUCCAAACACCUACUUCCAAGAACUUUUCAGAAGCUCAAGUGGCUUCAUCUGUUGGUCCGGUACAAAAUCAAACGCCUACUUCCAAGAACUUUUCAGAAGCUCAAGUAGUUUCAUCUGUUGGUCCGAUACAAAAUCAAACGGCCACUUCCAAGAACCUUGGAGGCGAAAAGGUCGACGCAGAAUUGAACUAUAAUGGCACAGAAAAAGUGAGCAAUAGUACUAAUCAGAAGGACAAGAAGCUAAAAAUGAUUGAAGCAAGAUUGGCCCAAGUGAGAUCUUCCAUUAAAGAAGCUAGCAAAGUCCGAAACUUGACAUCUACCCACCAUGACCCAGAGUAUGUUCCUCGAGGCCCAGUGUACAGAAACCCCAAUGCUUUUCACAGGAGUUACCUGGAGAUGGAAAAGGUGUUCAAGAUAUUUGUGUACGAGGAAGGGGAGCCUCCGAUCUUUCAUGAUGCACCAUGCAAAAACAUAUACUCGAGCGAAGGAAGAUUCAUACACGAAAUCGAAAAGAGGAGGCAUUAUCGUACUGAUGAUCCAGAUGAAGCUUUUGUGUAUUUCUUACCUUUCAGUGUGGCUAUGCUGGUGGGAUAUAUUUAUACACCAACCCGUGUUGUCAGAUCCAUUGGCCCUCCAGUGGUGGACUACUUGCAGACUGUAUCUGAGAAAUACCCCUUCUGGAAUCGAAGCCUGGGACUUGACCAUUUCAUGCUCUCCUGCCAUGAUUGGGGGCCUCUUGCAUCUUCCUUCGUACCUCAAUUAUACCACAAUUCCAUAAGGGUUCUGUGCAAUGCAAAUACAUCAGAAGGAUUCAAACCUGCAAAGGAUGCUACUCUGCCUGAAAUUAAUCUUGUAACAGGGGAAAUCGCGGGAUUAGGAGGCUAUUCUCCAUCUCGUAGGAACAUCCUCGCUUUCUUCGCAGGUGGCCAUCAUGGCUACAUAAGGUACCUACUUUUCCAGCAAUGGAAAGACAAAGACCAAGAUGUGCAGGUCUAUGAUGAGUUUCCCAGGGGUGCAUCUUACUAUAAUAUGCUCAGAAGAAGCAGAUUCUGUCUGUGUCCAAGUGGGUACGAAGUAGCAAGCCCCAGAAUAGUGGAAGCCAUAUUUGCAGAAUGCGUGCCUGUUCUGAUUUCAGACAGCUAUGUGCCACCCUUUAGUGAUGUUCUGAAUUGGAAGUCAUUUUCAGUGCAGAUAGAUGUGAAGGACAUAGCCAACAUAAAAAAGAUACUAAUGGAGAUUCCUCAGAGACAGUAUCUGAGAAUGCAGAGGAGAGUAAAAAUUGUGCAGAGACAUUUUGUUCCCAAUGACCCUCCAAAGAGAUUCGAUGUUUUUCAUAUGAUCACUCAUUCGAUAUGGCUCAGAAGGUUAAAUGUCCAAGUUCAACAUCAGUAAAUAUCAUAUUCACAGAUGCAUUUUACACCAUGUAUCCGACAGAAUCUAGAUUUCGUUUCAUGUAUAUAAGAACUGCAAUGUCGGGCUCUGAUUCCAUGCACGAUUCCAGACUAUUUGUUUGUAGGAUAUGAAUAAUGGUGAGCGGUUAGACCAUUUGUAGACAGACAGCCACUGUAGCAAAUCUUUGUUCGUCCAAUGUCCAGUGCACACCCAACACAUCAUAGUAAAAAACAUUGUUUGUCCUGUUGUUGUAGAAAUGAGAAAUUCUCUUGUA